CUAGGAUUGAUUAAUCGAAAACAAUGUUGAGAACGAUUAAGUUCUUAACGUUGCUGUGGUUUUUCGGCACCGCAUUUGACAUUCCAGUCGAAGCAGGAGAAAUACUGAAUCAUCUGAUUAACAGCUGUAGCCAAGGUUUGGCUGUCACCGAGGAACUGGCCGAGCGUUAUCGGCGGAUAGACUUUCCGGACGAUCCUACCACUAAAUGUGUGCUAAGGUGUAUGGCUUUGACUUUGGGAGUUUACGAUGAUAAAAAUGGGAUACACAUGGGGAACACUUGGUUAAUGUUCCGUGGAGAGCGCACAUCGCCGGCUGACGAGAAAGAGUUUGCUGAGCAGCACUAUCGAUGUAUCGAACGUAAUCUUAACCGAGUUGCAAGGAGGGAUUACUGCGGUCGUGUUUAUGGUACUUACCUGUGCUACAGGGAGGAAUUCCAGGCUUUGGUUCACAAGAUGCGAAGGUUAAGUGGGUUGGUUUGAUUGAGUUUCUGGGAAUAAAAUGUUCAUUGUCUGAGUCGCCAUAGCUUAGGUUUUUUUUCCAAUGUAAUUCAUUUUGGUAAUAGAUUAAAAUAAUACAGUGUGAACUCGGUCUGAUGAAGUGAAACUAUUUUUUGACGUAAAACUACGUUUUCUU